UUGAUUCCCAGUACGAGCAGGUGGGGAAGGUCCAGUUGUGAUUGUCAUGGCGUGCACCAUGGCCCGUGCCCUCCACAAAAUGCAGAGGGACCUGUAUCCCCAAAACUCCAGCACCUGCCCCGAGAUGGACCCGACAGGAGGGAGGAAACUGCUCAGUUACAUCCGCAGCGUCAGCUUCAACGUGAGGUGCUCGUGUUGGCAGCACAGGGCGGCGAGCUCUCCUCCACAACGCAGGGUUUCCACUCACGGACCAUCAACAAGGUUAUUACUGUGACAGAGAGCGCUGCAGGACGGUGGCCGGCGGGGCGUUCAGGCAGAGUUUUUAUACGGUAAGAAACAUUAAAUUCAUACUGUUGUGUUAA